CUCUCAGCCCGUCUUGUCUGGCUGGCCGCGAAGGUGGUUGCGAAGAUGUUCUCCGUGCUGCCCAAAGUGGAGAAGCUGUCGGCACGGGUGAUCCGCGUCCUGGGCUGUAACCCCGGGCCUAUGACGCUGCAGGGGACCAACACCUACUUGGUGGGAACCGGGCCCAGAAGGAUCCUAAUAGAUACCGGAGAGCCACGUAUCCCUGAAUAUAUAAGCUGUUUGAAACAAACACUUCAUGAAUUCAACAUUUCCAUCCAGGAAAUUUUAGUAACUCAUUGGCACCAUGAUCAUACUGGAGGCAUAUCAGAUAUUUGUGAAAAGAUUCCAGCUGGUUAUGAAUAUUGCAUAAGUAAGCUUCCACGUAACCCACAUCAAGAAGAAGUAAUAGAAGGAAAGCAGAAGUAUGCGUACUUAAGAGAUGGAGAUGUUUUAAAUACAGAGGGAGCUACUCUCAGGGUAUUAUAUACCCCAGGGCAUACAGAUGACCACAUGGCUUUACAUUUGCUAGAAGAAAAUGCAAUAUUUUCUGGUGACUGUAUUUUAGGAGAAGGAACAGCUGUNUUUAAGGGCUGUCAGAUAUGGAAAUGA